GGCUCAUUAAGGCGGGCCGGGCAAAUUAAAUCGGGUUAAAGGUUGAAUAUUCCAAAACGUAAAAAAUCGUUAUCCUUAGUUUUCUUUUCCUUUCAGAAAGGUAACAGAUUUCACCGAAGUUAAGUGAAGAAUGGCGACGCUGGCGGCGGCGCCGUGGUUUAGAGCAAGGUUGAUCCCCGAGUUAAAGAACCGCCAGUCACUACUAUACUGUCGCGGCGACCACAGUUACCGGAAAAGUCUCUGCUCCCGUAGAAGGAGUUUCUCAGUUUAUGCUUCAGCGGGGAACGGAGGGGAUGUCAGAGUUCGGUUUGCGCCAUCUCCUACCGGUAAUCUCCACGUGGGAGGCGCUAGAACUGCACUCUUUAACUACUUAUAUGCGCGGGCAAAAGGUGGGAAGUUUAUACUCCGGAUUGAAGACACAGACCUGGAAAGAUCCACAAAGGAGUCUGAGGAGGCCGUGCUUCGUGACCUUUCUUGGCUUGGUCUUGCUUGGGAUGAAGGUCCUGGAAUUGGUGGGGAAUAUGGACCAUACAGGCAGUCUGAGAGGAAUGCCCUUUACAAGCAAUUUGCUGAAAAGCUUUUACAAUCCGGUCAUGUUUAUCGAUGUUUUUGCUCAAAUGAGGAAUUAGAAAAAAUGAAAGAGAUUGCAAAGUUGAAGCAGUUGCCUCCAGUAUACACUGGGAGGUGGGCAAGUGCUACAGAGGAGGAAGUGGUAGAAGAGCUGGCAAAAGGGACCCCAUACACAUACCGAUUUCGAGUACCAAAAGAAGGGAGAUUAAAAAUUGAUGACCUCAUUCGUGGUGAAGUCAGUUGGAACUUGGACACACUUGGAGAUUUUGUGAUCAUGAGAAGUAAUGGACAACCUGUUUACAACUUUUGUGUCACAGUUGAUGAUGCAACUAUGGCAAUCUCCCAUGUCAUAAGAGCAGAGGAACAUUUGCCGAAUACUCUAAGGCAAGCAUUAAUAUACAAGGCACUAGGUUUUCCGAUGCCUCACUUUGCGCAUGUUUCUUUAAUUCUUGCACCUGAUAGAAGCAAGCUCUCUAAACGGCAUGGUGCAACUUCAGUUGGUCAGUUCAGGGACAUGGGCUAUUUGCCUCAGGCAAUGGUGAAUUAUCUAGCUCUUUUGGGAUGGGGUGAUGGUACAGAAAAUGAGUUUUUCACUCUUGAACAACUUGUUGAAAAGUUCACAAUUGAACGUGUAAACAAAAGUGGUGCCAUUUUUGAUUCGACCAAGUUAAGGUGGAUGAAUGGUCAGCAUUUGAGAUCUCUACCAUCUGAAGAGCUGAACCGAAUUAUUGGUGAAAGGUGGAAGGACGCAGGCAUCACUACAGAAUCACAAGGAAUCUUUAUACAGGAUGCUGUUUUGCUCCUGAAGGAUGGGAUUGACUUGAUAACAGAUUCAGAGAAAGCGCUUUCAAGUUUGCUAUCUUAUCCUUUAUAUGAAACUUUGGCAAGCGCUGAAGGAAAACCAAUCUUAGAAGAUGGGGUUUCUGAAGUUGCUAAGAGCUUGUUAGCUGCCUACGACAGUGGCGAGCUCUCUGGUGCACUUGCAGAAGGCCAACCUGGAUGGCAAAAGUGGGUGAAGAAUUUUGGUAAAUUGCUGAAGCGCAAGGGAAAAUCUCUCUUCAUGCCCCUUCGGGUGUUGCUAACAGGAAAGCUUCAUGGACCUGAUAUUGGGGCCACCACAGUUUUGCUCUAUAAAGCUGGAACAUCUGGCUCUGUAGUACCUCAAGCUGGGUUUGUGACAUUUGAUGAAAGAUUUAAAAUAUUAAGAGAAGUUCAAUGGGAGUCGUUCAGCACAGAUGUGCCUCUGUCUGCUGGUGCUGUAACUCAUUGAUAUUGAGGCAAUUUUUGGUUUGAUUUUCGAUCUUAUGCCUUCUGUCUCUGCCCUCCCUUGUAGAGACACAGAGUGCUGCUAACGAGUGGGGUUCUUUUGUAUUUGCACCUCCUCUCUUCCGAAUACGAAGAGGGCUGCCGUCGCUAGUGGUAUUCCUUUUUGUAUCUUCCCCCUCCCCCUCCACGGGGUAAGGGCGUGUUGAGUGUGAAACUACUUUUAAUUUUUGAAUGGUGUGACCAUGACCGGCUUGGUAUCUUACUGCCACUUGCUGGUUGGGGUAAGUCAUAGAACAAUGGUAGAAGAGAUAGCAGGGCAUAUUUGCAGCUCCAAACUGGGUAUCGUUGAAUACUCAUAAAAACAAUGGCUAUAUAUUUCAUUUAUUGUUCUACAUGUAUAACUUUCCGUGACUGACAAGGAUAUCUUUUUUGGGUUUAAGUGCUAAACCGUGCAUUCACUUUCUUGGUAGAGUUAAA